CGACAGUCAAGUACUUAACGAACUCAUGGCGCAGUCCGACACCGGAAAAAUGGACUCACCUGCAACGAUUCAAUGUACCUCCCAACAAACUCGAUUUCAUAUCGAAUCUCCCAAUUACCGCGAGCUCGACAUUAAAGGACUUCAAAUUCUCGUUACGUCAGGGGAGAAGAAAUCCACCACAAAGGGGAAAUCCAAAGCGAGAUCUAAAGACGGUACCGAUAUUUUAUCCAGCGCGGACCUGUCAUUAAAAGAAGGUCGGCGAUAUGCUCUUGUCGGUCGAAAUGGGACCGGAAAGUCGACUCUGCUGAGAAGUAUAGCAGAGAAGCUCAUUCCUGGAAUACCAGAGAACACAAGGAUUGCGAUACUUCAGCAAACCAGACUGACGGAUGGGGUCAAUGAUCCCAAGCAAGCGGGUAGGGAUGAUACAGGUCUUAAUGUCCUACAGACUGUGAUAGAGAGGGCCACGUCGAGGAGUACUAUCGAACAAGAGAUAUCGAGACUGUCUCAGGGAAUUGAUACUUCAGAUCCUUAUGCUCCAGUUAGAGCCCUUCGAUCGCUAAAACACGCGCGCCUCCAAAAACGUCUUUUCAUAUUGGAUAAAGAUGCUCGACUACGCAGUGGUAUGCGAGGGAUGCAAGCCAGGAAAGCACUUGUGGCUUUUGAGAAAGUUGUUGCUGAAUCGCAGAGAAUGUUAGAACAACCCAGCGAAGACCUCUCGGCCGACACCCUCCAGCAAGAGACUCAAGAUGCAGUGGACUUGCUCGCGCAGCUUCAAGCACAAAUCGAACCAGCUCUUGUUGCAGAAACAGAGACUAGGGCGCGGAGUAUCCUGACCGGAUUAGGAUUCUCAUCUGCAAUGAUGGUAAAGCUUAUCUCCGACUUGUCGGGCGGUUGGCACAUGCGAGCAGCUCUUGCUUCUACCCUUUUACAGGACGCCGACAUACUGAUCCUUGACGAACCUACAAACUUCCUCGACAUGCUGGGCAUUAUCUGGCUGCAACGAUACCUCAUCUCAAUGGGGGAUAACCGCAAGCCACCUACCAUGAUUAUCGUCUCCCACGAUCGAGACUUCAUCAGCCUCUGCACGGAUCUGAUCAUUCUCAAAGACAAGCAGCUCACGUACUUUCACGGAGAUCUGCCCACAUACGAGAUAUCGCAAUCCGAACGACGAAAAUAUCUCACGACGAUGAAGGAAGCACAGGAAAAGCAAAAAGCCCACAUUGAGAAGACGAUCGCAGCCAAUCUCAAAGCGGGCAAGGCAAACGACGAUCAGAACAAGAUCAAACAAGCAAAGUCACGUCAGAAGAAACUAGAUAACCGGUGGGGCAUGGAAGUCAGUGCUAGGGGCGGUAGGUUUAAGUUGAAUCGCGACCUAGUUGGCUAUCACUUUACAGCUCGAGAGGAGAUCGACAUACCCCCAGAAGAACGCCCCGUUAUUAUAAAUUUACCGGAGCCGCCUGAUCUCCGAUUUCCAGGAUCGCUCAUAAUUCUUGAAAAAGUCAGCUUCCGUUAUGCAUCUACGUCUCCGAUCGUCAUCCGGGAUGUCGACCUCUCGGUCGGUAUGGGCGACCGAAUUGGGAUAUUGGGGUUGAACGGGGCGGGCAAGUCAACACUCAUCCAAACAUUGGUUGGAGAAACAAAUGCGACACAAGGAACAAGGAAUACGCACCCACGCCUACGGCUGGGAUAUUACUCCCAGCAUGGAGUGGAGGGUCUGCAAGCCCUUGGUGCGCAGGAUGAAACACUCACAUCGCUAGCACUAUUGACUCAGGAUGUUAAUGGGGAAUUGACAGAGGGUGAGAUCCGCGGCCUCCUAAGUCAGCUGGGACUGCCUGGGCGUCUAGCCUCGGAUGUACCUAUUCGCAAGCUGUCGGGCGGACAGCUGGUUCGCUGUGCGCUGGCACGGUUGUUCUGGCGUCGUCCUCAUUGCCUUGUUCUGGAUGAGGUCACGACCCACUUGGACUAUGAAACUGUUACAGCGUUAAGGCGGGCGCUUAAUGAGUGGAAUGGGGCGGUUGUUGCUGUUAGUCAUGAUAGAUGGUUUAUGAGGGGGGCUGUGGAGGGGGCUAUAGAUGAAGGGCAGUCGGAGGAUGAGGAGGAUGAUACUGUUGAUGGGUUAGAGAAUAGGAGGAGAGUCAUGUAUAUGGUACGCGGUGGGGAGUUGAGUGUCCUGGGGCGAGGUGUUGAUGAGUUCGAGGAGUUGAUAGAAAGGCGAGUGAGGAAGUUGAUACACUAG